AUGAACACCAUUUCUUGCUCAAAGGUCUUCCUUGUGCUGCUUGUAAGUCUCUUCCCAACCCAAAUUCUUGCUCAAAAUGCGAUCUUAGCAGUUUGUGAUGAAGUCACGUUCAAGGAAUUGUGCAAAGAUACUCUUCAAUCGGAUCCGACGAGUAAUUCGGCUACUAGUUUUGAAGACGUAGCCGCAAUUAUACUAAAGAAUACAACAUCUACAGCAACCCAAAUAAGUGACCAAUACACAAACCUGCUCAACCAAGGAGUAUAUCGAUCUACGCGCGGCGUUGAGAAGGCCAUGGUAAAUUGCAUUAAGUACUACAAAGAUGCAAUCGGAAAACUUGCGGAUACGAGCAAAGCCCUGCAAUCUAGGAACAACAUUGGUGUUAAGACAGGGUUGCUAGCCGCCAAGAAUGCCAAUUUCUUUUGUGAAGGCGACUUCUCGAAAUUUACAGGAUCCGACCGGUAUCCAGGAGACAAUCAGGGUAUAACAUUUACCAUGCUUUGCCGCAUUGUCUAUCAAUUGACCAUUACCGAUUGA